AUGGAGGGUUAUGACGAUGCACGAUGCCUUCCUAGAAUCCCAAAUCUCUUCCCUACCUCUGACUCACAACCAGACCUCGUUCUGUAUUCCGCAUCCUGUGAUGCCGGAAGCUCGACGAAUAGCAACACUUCCCACGCUCUUGAUACUUGUAACGACGAUAAUGAAUACGACAGACGAGCGGAAGACCAAGGACAAAUCGAGUCCUCAUCCAUCAACGCCCCCCAUUCGACGCUCAUGAGCCUUGGAGAUGAGAAGGCUAUAGUGUUUACAGCAGAGAUCACGCAGUGUUCACAAGACGACACGGCCUCAAUUCACUCCUGUACCGGUUCCGCGCAUUCGGAUGGCGGUUGUCAAGAAGAAGCUACGGAAGACUGGAGAAACUUGGGCAACGAAGCUCUCAAACCGGAUGACCACUCCGAUAGUACUAAUUCUAGCAGUUCGGGUGGAACAACACCAAACGCACAUUUUCUCGAGGCAGGCAUAGACUUGAUUGGCGCUCAAGAACAAGUACCGCAGCCCUUGACAAGACACCGCCUACAAUCAAUACCGUACGCUCGACUCUACAAGCUGGGAUCAGUAUACAACAAGCUGAAAGGCAUUACGGGUGAUUCUCAGGCUGCCACUGCCGGUGGUGAUACACCUCGGCCGGAGCCAGACGCUGAUCCUGAUGGUGCUUUGGAGGAUCUUGAAACAGCCUCAGAGUCAGGGUAUCCAGCUUACUACAUCUUCGACCCCCGGUCAGCUGGCUCUGCAUAUUAUAUGUAUCAAGAUGCUGAUACACAAGAAGGCUACAAGAUCGAGAAAGUUCCCUUCAAGCCCAUAUUGCCAGAGCCAGGACGGCGAGCGUAUUGUAUUGAGGCGUCGGAGAAAGAUCAAGGUGAGCCCAGACACGCAAGCCAAGAGACAUUGUGGAGGGUCGACUCGUCUCGCGUUCCUGCAGUGGUCAUUGGUUCAGACAGCUCAGAUUCCCACGAAGCAGUAAUGGAUGCGAACGAGCUCUUGUAUGCUGGCGAUGAGGCAACUCAAAGCAUUGCCAGGAAAGUGAGUGAUCGACUUCAGAAGAUCCGACACUUGAGGGAACACCUGCGUGUCAUCAACGGCAAAGGGCGAGACGUUCCAGAAGCGAAAGGACUGUAUCUCAUUGCCGACAAGGAUAUCCGUGAUGUCGUCAGUAUUGUUCUGGGCGAAGUGUUCAAGAAUGGACAAAUCGACCGACCUGAAAGAAUAACUACAACAGAAUCUUCUGAGGGUCGACCGUUACCAAAGUUGGACGGAGACUCGAAUACCAUCCUGGUACCUACACCUACAGCAGUAGAUCCAGCAACGACCAUAAACCUGCCGAAUACCUCUUAUACGAAUAUCAACGCAUCAGACAUGCAAGUUCACACUAAAACGCGUGGUGCGGAAUCUGAUACAACGACGACAGUCAUCACACGUCGGAGUGUUGCUGAGAUCGUUUGGGCUCGGGCUUAUCCUGAAAGCCAUGAUCUAGAUUCGCGAACACAUGGCCGAACUGUGUCCGACUGUUGCUCACCCACUCAUGGGGGCUCUCGUUCGUGUCCAGAUGAUCGACAACAAAGUCAUCCCAAGGCAACCAAAGGUGAUCCUACACUACAACAUUAUACUACACCAAAGAGUACAGCUGAAAUUCUCGCGGACAUCAUGUGUAACAAAAGCUUUGAACAGCAAUUGAGAGUCAGCGAUGGCACUGUCAUCACCUCAUUUCCGAGGCUCUUUUCCCGCGACCUGACCAACGACUGGCCUAGACAAUUUAUGGAUGGCGGAGACUUGAACAAGCCGGCACCUUCUACUUUGUACUAUCAUGGUGUUGAUGCCCGUAGUGGCCUUCAUGAACCAGUAUCCUCGCCUUCCAAUGAGCACCCCCCGAUAUGUCCAACGUCCUCGACAAAGGGCAGUUCGCUCUUCGAUUCAAACCCUUUCAAUCCUAAAUCCAAGAACAAAUACUUGCCAACUCCUCUUGCAGCAGAGAGAAGACUAAGCGCUUCCCUAGACGCCGAUACUCAAAGACGCCGCAGCACGCUGAUAACUGAUAUUGAAGAAGAGACUCCGGAUGAUUGCCAAUCACGUCCUGGUCUUAUGAACAAGAUCAAGCACGGUAGCCACAGGCUUUUCCACAAAAGUCAUUUUCGGAGGCCAAAUGGGAGUACAACGACCGAAGAUGAUGCUUUUGAAGAGAGCGGUGUCGUGCGUUCAGGGAACAGUACAGGAAGAGGAAGAACUCCAGAGCCGUCCAUAUCGGAUAGCUCAAGAGUACACAAGACCGCAACAGGGAGUAAGCUCAACGUCGCCUCAUAUGAGGAGGGGGUAUGUUCGGAGGAUGACGAACCACACAGAUGCGUCAACGAUUGUUCAUCUCGAGAUCUUUCUCCCAAGUGA